GCUCAUGCGCUCUCCUGGCACCGGCGCGACCUGGGACCAUGGCGACGGCGCUAGGCGGCCGGGGGGCGCUGCGCCUGCGGCUCCUCCUCUCGGCUCUGAAGUCGGGGCCCCGCGUCCCCCUGGCCCGGCCCGCCGCCGCGUUCGGCACCUCAGUAACCUCCACCAAAGUGGCUGUGAACGGUGUCCACCUGCAUUACCAGCGGACCGGAGAGGGCGAGCAUGCCGUCCUGCUGCUUCCUGGAAUGUUGGGAAGUGGAGAGACUGAUUUUGGACCUCAGAUUAAAAACCUAAAUAAGAAGCUCUUCACAGUGGUCGCUUGGGAUCCUCGAGGAUAUGGACAUUCCAGACCCCCAGAUCGAGAUUUCCCAGGGGACUUUUUUGAAAGGGAUGCAAAAGACGCUGUUGAUUUGAUGAAGACGCUGAAGUUUAAGAAGAUCUCUUUGCUGGGGUGGAGUGAUGGUGGUAUAACAGCCCUCAUUGCAGCUGCAAAAUACCCAUCUUACAUCCAUAAGAUAGUGAUUUGGGGGGCCAACGCCUAUGUGACUGAGGAAGAUGAGAUGAUUUAUCAGGGUAUCCGAGAUGUUUCUAAGUGGAGUGAGAAAGCAAAAAAGCCUCUAGAAACCCUAUAUGGGUAUGACUACUUUGCAAAAACCUGUGAAAAGUGGGUGGAUGGCAUAAAACAGUUUAAACAUCUUCCGGAUGAUGAGUUACCCCAGGACAAGGAAGGAGGGACUUUCAGUCGUGACCGGCAGCCUCUGCAGAAUUAGCAUGAGGAAGAGUGUUCAGUUCUUCUCCCAUCUUCAGAACUAAGUUAUAUGACUUUAGCCCUAAUCGAUGUCUUCCUGUCUUUAUCUGAAAAAUUAAUGAUUUCCAAUUACAGUAAGAAUUGACAUCUUUAAGUGAAAUUCUGAAUUAAAGUGUUUUGUAUAGAUAUUUACAUUUGUAAUUUCUUGUUUUUCUUUUUUAAUUGCUGAAAGAAUAGAGAAUAGCUAAGAUCUAAUCUUAGGGCACAUUCAGUAUAAAAUCAUUGUUAUUGAAGGGCCAAUUUGAUCUCUUAAGUAAUAAUUUCCAGAAUGAGUCAUCUGUCAAAACUUUCACAAUGAAAAGGACAUUUGGAAAUGUUACUUUCUUGGCUUAAGUUCAAAACAGCCAGUAUCUCCUGUUCGAAAGCAAUAUCCACUCAUAGAAGCAGGUCCUUGAAAUCUAUUUCCCCUAGCUCUGAUAGCAAACAAAAAACGCUGUACAACAAUGUCUGAGAUAGUUCUCCACUAAAGAAGGUGACUGUGACAUGCAGACUUCUAUGCUUUCUUGAAGAGAGUAGUGAAAAGGUAAAAUUUCUCAAAGGUAGAAGCAGAAUUAAAUGAGCAGUUUAAAAAUAUGUCCUGUACAUAUUAAAAUUAAAAACUGCUGCUCUGCAAAAGGUACUGUCAGAAAAAUGGAAGGACAAGCCACAGACUGGGAGGAAAUAUGUGCAAAAGACCCAUGUGCAAAAGAACUUUACCCAAAAUAUACAAAGAACUCUUAAAAGUGAACAAUAAGAAAACAAUCCAAUUAAAAGCUGGGCCAAACAACAAUGUGAUCCCCUCUUCACCUAUUGAACAGCCACCAGAGGGAUGCUGGGACAGUGCAAAUGCUCUGUGUGCUGCCAUACUGGACAUGUCAUUAUGCAUUUGUCCACACCCAUCGUUUGAUCAACACCACGCAUGAGCCCUAAGGAAAACUGUGGACUUUGGGCGAAAAUGAUGUCAGUGGAGGCUCAUUCACUGUAAAAAUGUACCACUCAGGGAUGUUGAUAUGGGGGAGGCCAUGUGUGAAGGCAGGGGAGUUGUGGGGAAUCUCUGUCCCUUUCCCUCAGUUUUGCUGUAAACCUAAAACUCUAAACAGUAAAAUCUAUCUUUAAAAAAGAAAAAGGGAGUGAAAAAAAUCUCAUAAGAUGGAGCAUCUAGCAGUGUAUAUCAACUGUGUUAUGGCAAGAUUGUUAAUAAACUACUCAUCCCCUUUCUGUACUAA